AUGGAUGACCGAGCGCAGUUCGAGCAGCUCAUCAGGGGGCUUAUGGACCCCUCCAACGAGGCCAGAAAGAUAUCAGAAGCGAGCUUCGAGCAGCUGUGCGCUCAGCCAGAGCGAGCGGCGCCUCUGCUCUGCAGCACGAUGCAGAUGUCCGAGGAUGAGAUGGUACGAAGCCUGACCAUCAUCAUGUUCCGCAAGCGUGUCACAGAACAGUUCUUCCAGCAGCUCAGCCCUGAGACCAAGGCGGGCGUGAAGCACACCCUCAUCCACUGCGUGCAGCAUGAACCCUCGGCUUCUAACAGGAAGAAGCUGGCGGACACUACGGGGGAGGUCGCCGCCAUGAUCUUUGAGUCCGAGACUGAAUCCUGGCCCGAGCUGUUCCCGUUCCUCUUUGAAAGCGCAAAGAACCCAGCAGCUCACCUGCGCGAGUCCGCCAUGCUGAUCCUUACCCGUCUUGCCUUCUCUGCCAGUGACGCUCUCCAGCAGAAUGUGAACCACGUAAAGAUGCUCUGCGCUCAGACCCUGCAGGACCCCGAGAGCAAGGACGUUCGUCUAGCUGCCCUCAGCGCCACUGGGAGCAUAGUGCAGGCCUUCUCCUCCUACGAAGAGCAAGUCUCUGACUUCCAGGAAGUGAUCCCGACCAUGUGCCAGGUGCUGACUGGCCUGUUGAACGAGAACGAUCAGGACUCGGCAAGGAUUGCACUUGAAGAGUUCAUCACCAUGGCAGAGGAGGCGCCGAAGUUCUUCAGGAGGCACCUCGACUCUCUGAUCCAGCUGGCGUUUCAGAUCGCCACGGCCAACAACCUGGAGGAGGACACGCGAUUCCUUGCAGUGGAGCUCCUGGUGACGCUGGCAGAGCAGGCACCUGCAAUGAUGAGGAAACAGAAGAUUUUUCUUGACAACAUGGUCCCCCUUGCACUGCAGCUCAUGCUCACUGUGGAGGAAGUUGACAUGCACGCCUGGAAUUCGACCACGGACGACGACGACGACACUGAGCUGACUUCCCUUGACGUGGGCAAGGACGCGCUCGACCGCCUUGCGCUCUCGCUCGGCGGCAAGACUGUCUUCGGCCUAGCCUUCCGGCAGGAUCUCCUUCCCUCCUUCAUGACUCACCAGGACUGGAAGUACAGGCACGCGGCCCUCACCUGCAUCGCGCAGAUUGCCGAGGGCUGUCAGAAGCAGAUGAAGCAGCACCUGGAGAGCAUCGUCAUGCAGACCGCUCAGUGCUUCUCCGACGCUCAUCCCCGAGUCCGCUGGGCGGCGAUCAACGCCAUGGGCCAGCUUGAGACUGACCUCGGCCCGGACUUGCAGGAGCGGUACCAUGCUGUUGUGCUUCCGGCCCUUAUCACCGUCAUGGACGACAACGCAAACCCGCGGGUCCAGUCGCACGCGGCGGCCGCGGUGAUCAACUUCACUGAGGACUGCAAGAAGGACACAGUCCAGCCGUACCUCGAGGGCCUGCUGGGCAAGCUCCUCCACUUGCUUAUGGGCGGAGUCAGGAUCGUGCAGGAGCAGGCGAUCACCGCUAUCGCCUCCGUGGCAGACUGCGUGCAGGAGCAGUUCAAGCCCUUCUACGGGGGGAUCAUGCCGGUGCUCAAGGACAUCCUGCGCAACUGCGUGCACAAGGAGCAGCGAAUGCUGCGAGGGAAGGCGAUGGAGUGUAUCUCCCUCAUCGGCAUCGCCGUCGGCAAGGAAGUUUUCAUCGCUGACGCCAAGGAAGUCAUCGAUCAGUUCCUCAACACCCAGACGGCAGCGCUGGACCCGGACGACCCGCAGAUCUCCUACCUCCUGCAGGUGUGGGGAAGGCUAGCCAAGGCUCUCAAGCACGAUUUCAUCCCGUACCUCAGUGUUGUCAUGCCCCCGCUGCUCAACUCCGCGGGCAUCAAAGCCGACGAUCAGGUUCUGGACGAUGCUGAGGAGGAGGAGGAGGAGGAGGAGGGCAUCACGACCGUCGUGGUGCAGACGGAGGAGGGAGCGAAGAAGGUCGCGCUCAAGACAGCGGCGCUGGAGGAGAAGUCGACUGCAUGCAACAUGCUCGUCUGCUACUUCGCGGAGCUGAAGGAAGGGAUGUUCCCCUUCCUCGAGCAGGUGGCUCGACUCAUGGUCCCCCUCCUCGCCUUCAUCUACUCGGAAGAAGUCCGGACGGCCGCGGCCUCCCUCAUGCCGGAGCUGAUCGACUGCGCGAUCUCGAGCAUGAGGAACGGGCUCUGCAACCAGACGUUUGUCAAGGGGCUGAGCGACAUGGUGUUCCAGAAGCUCGUGGCCAUGAUCAAGGAGGAGCCCGAGCCCGACGUCCAACUCGCCAUGAUGGAAUCGCUCAACGAGUCGAUGACGUUCGGGGGCGACGGCUGCCUGGGGUCGCCCGAGAUGGUGGUGGAGGUGCUGGUGGCGAUGCACACGGUGCUGAACGAAGUGAUUGAGAGAUGCGAGAAGAGGAAGAAGGCGAGGAAGGACGAGGACUUUGACGACGACGAUGCUGAGAACCAGGAGCUCGAGGCGGACAGGGACAACGAUCUCCUCGAGUCCAUCUCCUCCAACAUUGGGACCCUCACGAAGCAUCAUGCGGAGGCCGUGCACGCUGCCUUCACCAAGUACGUGGAGGUCUUCGGCACCCUCGUGUCCUCCCCCGUCGUCACCCACCAGCGCAUCGGCAUCUGCAUCUUCGACGAGCUCUUGGAGAACCUCGGCGAGCACGGGCGGACGUACAUGCCGCAACUCCUACCAGCCCUCGUCCAGUUCAGCAAGGACAGGAACUCGGAAGUGAGGCAGGCGGCAGUGUACGGGCUCGGCAUCUGCGCACAGUACGGAGGGAGCGUGUUCGGGCAGAAUGCAGCUCAGGUUCUGCAGUGCCUGUAUGACAACCUGAACCACCCGAGUGCGAGGGAGGACAGCAACGUGUACGCCACAGACAAUGCCGUCAGCGCGCUAGCAAAGGUGAUCGAGUUUCAAGCUCAGCACAUGGAGGACAGGAACGCGGCCAUUACCCAGUUUGUGCACUACCUACCGGUGACGGGAGAUAAGGAGGAGGGAGUCCAGGUACAUGGAAGGCUGUGCUCCAUGGUGGAGCGAGGAGAGCCGGCUCUGCAGCCGCUGCUUCCAAAGGUCAUCCAGGUCAUGGUUGCGAUCCUGGAGACGGAGACGGUUGACGAGGAGGUGACAGAGCGGAUUCGCAAGAUCUUCAGAAUGUUUCAAACAACUCCAGGAGUUUCAGAAGUGUUGCAACAAACUUUCGCUUCCCUGCCGCCAGACCAGCAGGAGAAGAUUAACAGGCUCAUGCAGUGAUCUGAUCGGAUGCGCGAGACUGAUUGUAGCAAUACAUGUAGUUGGAAAUUUUCUCAUUUUUUUU